AUGUCUUUAACAGCCGCUGCCGCAGAAACUGCUAAUAAUAAUAAUCGUGUUACAAGGGAAAAUUGGAAAAAACAAAAAGAAUUAGAAGAAGCUAGAAAAGCGGGUACAGCUCCAGCUGAGGUAGAUGAAGAAGGAAGAGAUAUCAAUCCUCAUAUCCCCAAGUAUAUCAAAGAUGUUCCUUGGUAUUAUGGCAUUAACAGACCUUCUUUAAAACAUCAGAGAAUCCAAGGAGAAAUCGAGCAGGAUUCCUCUCCCUUGAAUGAUUGGUAUCGACGUGGCACACAAAAGGUUGCGGCUAAAAAAUUUCGUAAAGGAGCCUGUGAAAACUGUGGAGCUGUAACACACACUAAAAAAGAAUGUACUGAGCGACCACGCCGUAUUGGUGCAAAAUUUAAUGAGAAAAAUAUUAAACCUGAUGAAUUCGUACAACCAAAGCUACAAUUUGACUAUGAUGGAAAACGUGAUCGAUGGAAUGGUUACAAUCCCGAUGAUUAUAAACAAGUUAUUGAAGAAUAUGCCAAGAUUGACAUGGCAAAACGUCAAAUGAAAGCUGAAAAACUCAGUAAAGAAUUAAAUGCUGAUGAAGAAAAUAACCAAGAAAAGAAUGUACAUGAUGAGAGUGAUAGUGACAGCGAUGCUGACAGUGAUAAAGAUGAGGACAAAUACGCGGAACAGGCUGAUAUGCCUGGAACAAAAUUUGACUCUAAAAUACGUAUGACAGUUAGAAAUCUACGUUUACGUGAAGACACUGCAAAGUAUUUACGAAAUUUAGAUCCAAAUUCUGCCUUUUAUGAUCCGAAAACUCGUUCUAUGAGAGAUAAUCCUUACAAGCAAACAGGAGAUAAUCCUGAAGACUUGCCAUACGCUGGUGAUAAUUUUAUUCGACAUUCUGGCGAUACCGUCGCAAUGGCAAAAUCUCAAUUAUUCGCAUGGGAAGCUUACAACAAAGGGGUAGAUGUACACGUUCUAGCUGAACCAACUAAAUUAGAAUUAUUGAGAAAAGAAUUUAAUGUUCGCAAAGAUGAUUUUCAAGAUAAUAAACAGAAACGCAUUCUUGAAAAGUACGGAGGUGAAGAACACUUGGAUGCACCACCCAGAGAUAUGCUUCUAUCACAGACGGAAAAUUACGUUGAAUACUCGCGAUUUGGUAAUAUGAUUAAAGGACAAGAAAAAGUAACCAUCAGAUCAAAGUAUGAAGAAGAUAUCUUAAUAAACAAUCACAAAACUGUUUGGGGAUCUUACUGGAAAGAUGGAAGAUGGGGUUAUGCUUGCUGCCAUUCCUUUAUCAAAAUGUCGUAUUGCACGGGCUCACUUAAUCAACAAUCACGAUUGGAGGCUGUAAAUGAGAUGUUGGAACUUCCUACAGAAGCUGAACAACCAAAGUCACUUGUAGAGAUUCAUCAAGAAAACAUGAAGACUAAAAAGAUUAAACGUAAAACGAGUGAGGCCGACGAUGCAGAUAAUACUCUAAAGAAAAAAGAAAAAUUAGCUAGUGCUAUAGAGGCCGAGAUCAAGAACCAACAAAAUGCCGAAAAGAUGCUGUCUUUGGACGAACGUAGGAGACCAUAUAAUCCGAUGGAGAUAAGUGUACACGAACCAACUGAGGAAGAAAUGGAGGCUUAUAGGUUAAUGAAAUCACGUAGCGACGAUCCAAUGGCAAAAUAUUUGGAAAAGAACAAAAAAGUAAAGUAA